AUGGGCACGGAGGCAUCUGGGAGCAUCCACGGUAAGCUUGCUUGCUAUCAUGUCAUUGUUCUGGUUCUUCGCACCAUCCGAUCUGAUCCCGUCUUCACUAUUCUAGAAGUAGCCCCAGAAUUCUAUGCUCCACCUGGCUUGCCGAAACUUCUUCAAAAGCCGCCCAAAGAUGGAACUGUUAGCCACCGACAACGCACUGACCGCUCGACAGCCUUCCACGUUGCACAGUACAAUAAGAAAGUUUUAGAUCGUUUCCUUGGUAUCUCCCCCAACUUCGCGGAGCCUCGACCUGUUUCAAGGGCGACUAUCUGCUUGAGCCGGUGUCAAGUUGACAGCCCUAUUCUCGUGUUUCCCGGUGGGAGAGGCGACAUUGAACAGCAUGGAUCGAUCUCCUUGCAGAUAUCAGGGUUUCACGAGUCUGAACCAGACCCAGACUAG